GGCUCGCCCAGCCGCCACCAUGGGCUGCUGCACCGGGCGCUGCACGCUCGUCUUCCUCUGCGCGCUGCAGCUGCUGGCAGCAUUAGAAAGGCAGAUCUUUGACUUUCUUGGUUUCCAGUGGGCUCCUAUUCUUGGAAAUUUUCUACAAAUAAUAGUCGUCAUAUUGGGUUUGUUUGGGACCAUACAAUUCAGACCUCGAUACAUAGUUGUGUACACCGUGUGGACUGCGCUCUGGGUCACAUGGAAUGUUUUCAUUAUCUGCUUCUAUUUGGAAGUAGGCGGACUUUCCAAGGAAACUGAUCUUAUGACCUUUAACAUCUCAAUGCAUCGUUCUUGGUGGCGAGAGCAUGGGCCCGGCUGCAUACGGAGGGUGGUACGUCCGUCAGCCCCUGGAAUCCUAGAUGAUUACUCCUACGUCUCUGUGACAGGCUGUAUAAUUGACUUCCAGUACCUAGAGGUCAUUCACAGUGCCAUCCAAAUAUUACUGUCCUUGAUUGGUUUUGUGUAUGCCUGUUACGUGAUCAGUGUUUUCAUGGAAGAAGAGGACAGCUGUCGAAAUAAGUAAUGAACAUUGAUUUGGUGCUGCUGCCGAAGAAACAGAUUUUAGAAGAAAAAAACAACUUUGUGAAUUGUUGUCAUGGAAGAGAUACACGCUUCUCACAGAGUAUGAAUUACUCUUCCCGACUCUGUGUGACUGAAUGCCUCAGUCAGCCUCAGUAUUCUCAUCAUUAUCAUCAUUAGGUGGAUCCUUGUAGAUGAUCUUGGAUUUUUUUUAAUUAUUUGCUUAUAUGGACAC